GUGCCUGGCCGUAGGUAGUAGAGUUUGGGAUUGUCUUCCGCGGCCCAUAAUGCCUUGCGCACGUGGCGCUUCUGAGGUUUGAGGCGGGGGCUCCGCCGGCUGGCUUUGGCCGUGAGGGGCGAAGACGGCGUGAUGGCGGGCGCGCUGCUAGCCCGCCUGCUCUCGUCUGUAUCCGGGCCGCGUAGCGUUCUCAGGUGUAGUACUUGCACAGUGGAGAAAUGGUUUUCGAAACAAACUAAUUCAGAUAACCGUCCAAAGCACCCCUUGACAGCAUACUUCCGCUUUUAUUUAGAAAAGCAAUCCAUGUUUAGGAAACAAAAUCCAGACCUCAGUGUUUUGGAUAUAACAAAACAGAUAGCACAUGCUUGGAGGGAACUACCAGCAUCUGACAAACAACCUUACGAAGCUGCUGCCAAAAUUGACAGGCAAGACUAUAAAGAACAAAUAGCCAAAUACAAAGCCCAGCUAACUCCUGCCCAGGAGUUAGCUUUGAAAGAGGAAAAGAGGAGGAAAAUGGAAAAAAGAAGAGCAACAAGAAAAAAGAGGCAAUUGACAGUGCUUGGAAAACCUAAAAGACCUCGUAUUGCCUUCAACAUUUUUAUGUCUGAACAUUUCCAAGAAGCUAAAGGAAUCUCAGUUCAGGGAAAGAUGAAAAAUUUAUUUGACGAAUGGCAAAAAUUGAACAGUUCUCAAAAGCAGACAUAUCUGCAGCUUGCGGAAGAUGAUAAGAUUCGUUAUGAAAAUGAAAUGAAGUCAUGGGAGGAACAUAUGGCAGAAAUUGGACGUGUAGAUCUUAUACGUUACAAAAACAAAAGCAAAAUAUUAAAAGGAAACAAAGCUAAAGAAAAAGCUUCUUCAAAAAAGCGGCUUACAACCUCAAAUAAGUCUUCCGGAAGCAAGGUUGUCUCACCAGCAACAAAUGAAAAAAAAGUAAAAGCAAAGCAAUCUGAGGAAUAAGUUAUAAAAUAAUGUUAUCCUUUCUGAUUCUAAGUGGAAAGAAGCUGGUCAUAUAUUUAAGGGGAAAGUGCCUGAAUAAGAGGGGUUUUUCUUUUCUGGAAAUUGUCAAAACAAUGAGGAUAAAUCAAGCUUUUGAAAAUUUAAGCAAUAGUGAUCAUGAGAGAGGAAGUGUUUUUUCAAUAAAUGUGUAAAUAAGCAACCCCUUAUAACCCCUUUCUUAUUGAAGAUCAUGAUCUGUAUAAUAUCAUUAUCCCUUGAUGUUUGUUAGAAAUUAAAAUUGAUUGUAGGCUGUAAGUCUAUGAACUGUAAAUAAUGUGUGUAAUUGCUGGAGAAAGCAUGUAUAUUUGCUAAUUUCAGCCUUUGAAUUUAAAACUACUGAUUUGCAAUAGUGUUUUUAUUUACAUUUUGACAUGCAUCCACCAACAAUACAUGCUAUUUAUAUUGCAUAGAAUAAAAUAGCGAAUUUUA